UUUUGGCCCUUUCUGCCCCGUUUCUGUCCCCGCCCAGGCGUGGCCGGCGCCCUGCGCUCGCUCUGGGCCAAGGAGCCGGUGAUCGCCGCCAGCUUCGGCAUCGCCGCCCUGGCGCUGCUGUCGCCGCUGCUGAGCCCGUACAGCAAAUACUCGGGAAUGAUCAACCAGGCCACGCCCUACGCCUACCCCGGUACGGAGCCGCGGAAACAGCCCGGAACGGCCCUGAAAACAGCCCAAAAUCGGGGCCAAAAUGUCCCUAAAAUAGCCCUGAAAACAGCCCAAAAUCGGGCCCAAAAUACCCCUAAAAUAGCCCUGAAAACAGCCCGGAACAGCCCUGAAAACAGCCCAAAAUCGGGGCCAAAAUGUCCCUAAA